UUCAUCUCAUCUCAUGGUCUUGUCCUUCUUUAUAUAUACCCUAACUUGCAACAAUAAGCUAGCACUGGUGUGGAUCAAAAGAAAGAAAAGAAAAAUAAUCAAGAAAGACGUCUAAAUUGCAGCUUGCGUGCAUCUUCCAUGAUCAGUCAUGUCUAAGAUCUCAGUUCUUUGUCUCCUCGUCCUUCUUUUGCGCUUCUCUUCUUACUCAUCUUCAGGAAAUGGUGCUGAAGGCUUUGUCCAUGACAAUGUUGCCAUUAAUCCAGCUUCUCUUCCUGAGGGUAAUGGUAUGAAGGUUGAGAAGAUAAAAAUUGCAACGAGAAAGCUAUUGGCAGAACCUUAUCAUGCAGUACUUGAUUAUGAUUAUGCAGGGGCAAACCCCAAACAUGAACCAAGGAAAGGCAAGCCAGGUGGUGGAUGGUAGAAAGUACGAGACAACACAGAAUAUCGACUAUAUACACUCCGUACGUUGCUACUACAUUCAUAAUCAUCCUCGCGACAUUUCACUUUUGUUCGUCCAUCGAUCAAUCUCAAUUUCUAAUACCAUAUAAACUAUUAAGAUUUAAGAAAUAAGAGAAUUAGUUUUUCUAAUUAAGGAACAAAACUAUAAUUCUUAUGAGUCUUUUAAAUGAUCUCCUUAUGCUUAUGAAAAUGGGGAGAUUAUUAUAUAAUUAAGGGUUGCUUAAUGUAAUUAAAUACUUGCUAGUUAGCUAUUAAGUUGGGUCGUGUGUUAUUAUUAUUGACAUUCUAUUAUGUACUAAUAUUUUUCAUCACACACUUGAAUAUGAAGAUCAAACUUCCUUCAUCUACUA